AUGUGGUUGAUCGAGUUAAACAUUUACUGUUCUCGUCAUAAACUAUGUUUGUUUUUACGCAACCCAUCUUGGUUCACUUGUGGUUCACAAUCCAAGAAAUUAGAUUGGGUCAAUAUAUUGUGCAUAAUUAGUUUUUAGUCAAGGCAUAAACCAUUAAGUGAUAAACGUGCUUUGACUUUUUUUGGUUUAACUUUUGUGGCAUUGCCCACAUAAUUUGGACAUUCACAGGUGACCUUAAUAAAUUGUUUGUAUGUUUACUAAUUGUUAAAUAUGGGUAUGUCAAACAUUAACUUGAUUGGAAUUAUCAUCAUGAUAUUUUCCUGCAAAAAGAACAAGCAGUUCAAUAUGACACUCACACAGUAGUAGUGUAGUGGUGUAUUUAGGUUUUAAUGCUGUUAAGCUCAAAAAUAUCAUUUAGUGUAUACUUUUAUUAAUUAAUGAUGAAUUGUGAAUGUUAUGGUAUAGUUAGAUAAAAAAUGGUCCAGAAAUUUGUCACCUCAUUUAAUGCUGUAAUAGGAAAGUUGUGAUGGAUAAUGAUUAGGUAAUACUUAAUUUUGCUAUAAGUAUAUCACUUUGAGCGAAUUAAUUAAAAUAUGUACCGGUAUGUUGAAGUUUACUUUUGGUGUGGCUUUGUAGAAAUCUGUUACAGUAUAUUUAACAGCAACCUUCAAAUACUGUGUACUUUAAGCAUCUUGUUAUUAUAUUUGAAAAUGUAAAAUUCAGUGCACCAAUUUUGUUCCUGAAAUUUUGGUAGGCCUAUUCUGUUCACCAAUCGGUUAUCCAUUUUUUGUUUAUAGAUAUAUGAGGUUAAUAUUUCAUAAAAUAAAAUGGCGGACACUUCAGAUGAAACUAAAUUGAUCAUGGAGGAGCGUAGAAGAAUGGAUAUUAAGGUUGAAGAAAUAACAAAUGUCAUUGAUGGUGGAUCAAAUAACACAACUCUUCGAAGAAAAAUUACCGACAUGAUACAGAAUGAUGCGAUUCUUUCUGAUAUGGAUCAAUUCUACAAAACUGAGGAAGAGAAGUAUUCUCGUGGAAUACGAAGAGCGUUACGCGUGAGAAAAUUAGAUGUUGAUUUCAAUGAUACAACAACUCAAAGGAUUCUUUUCAUAGCAACUGGUAAAGAAAUUGGCCUUCCGAUUCAUAGUGGCGUAUUUGUACCAACUAUUAUGAAUUUGGGAAAUCAAGAACAAGUCGAGAAAUGGGUUCCAUUGGCAGUCAAUUUCAAUAUUAUUGGCACUUAUGCUCAAACAGAGCUUGGUCAUGGAACAAAUUUGCGAGGAUUGGAGACGACUGCUACAUUUAUUCCGGAAUCCCAAGAAUUUGUCGUCAAUACUCCCAAACUAUCAUCAAUGAAAUGGUGGCCUGGUGAUCUGGGAAAAGCCGCAAAUCAUGCAGUUGUAAUGGCUCAAUUGAUCAUUAAGGGAGAAAGUUAUGGAAUGAUGCCAUUCAUAGUUCAGAUUCGUGACUUGAGUACGCAUCUUCCGCUUCCAGGUGUUAAAGUUGGUGACAUAGGAGCAAAGUUUGCAUUUGAAUCUAAUGAUAAUGGUUUCCUUAUAUUGGACAAUGUUAGGAUACCAAAAGAGAAUAUGCUUUCUGGAGUUGCUGAGGUUGAUGCGGAAGGCAAUUUCAUGCUUAAAAGUGAUCCAAGGGUUUUAUAUGGUGGAAUGAUGUUAAUUCGUGUGAAUCUUGUCGACUCUCAGGCGGUUUUCCCUCUGCAGCAAGCAUGUACUAUUGCAACACGAUACAGUAUUGUAAGAAGACAGGGUUCCAUUCAAUCUGGUGGGGACGAAGUAUCAAUUCUUGACUAUGUUGCUCAACAGCACAAACUCUUUCCACUUCUGGCUGCAAGUUAUGCUUUUCAUUUCUCAAGCAGACAAACCCACGAGUUGUAUAAGAUAAUUAAUGCUGAAGUGAAGAAUGGAGAAUUUUCCAAUCUUCCUGAACUUCAUGCUCUUACUGCUGGGAUGAAAGCCUAUUUAACUGAGAAAUGUUUGGCUGGUACAGAUAUUUGCAGACGGGCUUGUGGCGGUCAUGGAUAUUUGCAGGCGAGUGGUUUUCCGAAUAUCUACUUGCAACAAUUGGCAUCUGUAACGUAUGAGGGAGAAAACACAGUUAUGUUUCUACAGUGUGCCAGAUAUCUGAUGAAAUGUAUGUCUGGAGUAAUCAAUGGCAAAAAGAUAGUUGGUAUCCCAUCAUACCUCAAUGAAAGAAUGUCGGAUCGGUGUCAUGCAACUUCUGAACGAGAUCUAACAAAUCAUGACACACUUCUUCAGUGUUUAAAGCAUAGAUCAAGUUUUCUGAUUAGACAAGCUAAAGAAAAAAUUGACAGUUUGACUAAAUCAGGGAAGUCUUACCAAGAUGUAUGGAAUAUAACAUCUGUUGAACUUGUCAACGUGGCAAGGGCACAUUUGGAGUACUACAUCUUUUCCAGUUUUCUGCAAGUUAUUCAGAACAUGAAUGCUUCUGCGGAUACAAAGGGAAAAAUGGGAGAAUUGUGUUCAUUGUUUGGGCUUCAUACCAUCAAUGAGAAUAUGGCAGAUUUAUUGAGGGAUAAAUACCUGAGUGCCAAGCAAGCAAGAUUGGCAACAGAAGCAGAACUGUCAUCACUGUCUCGAAUUCGUAAGUAUGCUCUUGGCCUUGUGGACGCAUUCGAUUUCACAGACAAAACAUUAAUGACAUGUAUCGGCACUUAUGAUGGGAAUGCUUAUGAAAGAUUAUAUGAGAAUGCUAAGCGAGCACCAAGGAACAAAACUGAGGUAAAUGAGGGUUUCUACAAUCAGUUGCGGCCCUAUUUAUUGAAAGGCAGAGAUAUUCUGGAGGGAACAAAAUCAAAACUAUAAAACGUACAUAUAAAAAUUGUGUUCAUGUUUUUUUGUAAUUCAUGUUAAAUUUGUGCAGCAUUAGUGUCAUUUCAAUUUAUUUUUAUAUAAUUAUAAUAUCUGCCUCAUUCAGCUGAACAACAACCAAGUUCUAAAUGCUGUCAUUUGGUUCUUUUUUUUAAUUUAUUCUAUGCAAUAAUGGAAUAUGGUAGAAAUAUAAUUGAAAGACAUUUUUAGAUGUUCUAUCAGUUUAUAUAUAUUAAUUUAUCACUGAGCAAUGAGUAUGAUUACUAACUUUCUUUCAUAAAUUUGAUGACUGUCUGAUUUUAUUGUCAAAUUCAACUCACACUCUUGCGACAACUUAUGUUAUUUUACCCUAAUCAUGACUAAUAAAAAAUUUCUGAAUUCUA